CGCCCCCCCGGCCGCGCCAGCCCGCGCCUCCCCGCUCGGCGUCCGCGCGUCCCCGCCGCGCUCCGGCGUCUCCUCGGCGCGCCCGGCUCCCGGCUGUCCCCGCCCGGCGUGCGAACCGGUGUAUGGGCCCCUCACCAUGUCGCUGAAGCCCCAGCAGCAGCCCCAGCCGCAGCCGCAGCCGCAGCCGCCCGCGGCCGCCAGUGCCCGUAAGCCUGGCGGCGGCGGCGGCGGCCUCCUCACGUCGCCGGCCGCUGCCGCGCCGCCGCCGCCGCCGCCGCCGUCCUCGUCCUCAGGCUCGUCGCCCUCGGCCGCGGCUCCCUCCUCGUCCUCGGCGGCUGCGGCGAGCGCAGGAGGCGGGCGGCCCGGCCUGGGCAGAAGUCGAAACAGCAGCAAAGGACUUCCUCAGUCUACGAUUUCUUUUGAUGGAAUUUAUGCAAAUAUGAGGAUGGUUCAUAUCUUAACAUCAGUUGUUGGAUCCAAAUGUGAAGUACAAGUGAAAAAUGGAGGUAUAUAUGAAGGAGUUUUUAAAACAUACAGUCCCAAGUGCGAUUUGGUACUUGAUGCUGCACAUGAAAAAAGUACAGAAUCCAGUUCAGGGCCAAAACGUGAAGAAAUAAUGGAGAGUAUUUUGUUCAAGUGUUCAGACUUUGUUGUUGCACAAUUUAAAGAUAUGGAUUCCAGUUACGCGAGAAGAGAUGCGUUUACGGACUCUGCUCUCAGCGCCAGAGUGAACGGCGAGCACAGAGAAAAGGCCCUGGAACCAUGGGAUGCAGGCGAGCUUGCAGCCAGCGAGGACCUGGAGCCUCUGGAGAACGACGUGUCUAAUGGAUGGGAUCCCAAUGAUAUGUUUCGAUAUAAUGAGGAAAAUUAUGGUGUGGUGUCUACAUAUGAUAGCAGUUUAUCUUCAUAUACGGUGCCCUUAGAAAGGGAUAACUCAGAAGAAUUUUUAAAACGGGAAGCAAGGGCGAACCAGUUAGCAGAGGAAAUUGAAUCAAGUGCUCAGUACAAAGCUCGAGUGGCCCUGGAAAAUGAUGAUAGGAGCGAGGAGGAGAAAUACACAGCAGUUCAGAGAGACACCACUGAACGUGAGGGGCACGGCACAAACACUAGGGAAAAUAAAUAUAUUCCUCCUGGACAAAGAAAUAGAGAAGUCAUAUCCUGGGGAAGUGGGAGACAGAGUUCACCGCGUGCGGGCCAGCCUGGAUCAGGCUCCAUGCCAUCAAGACCCACUUCUCACACUUCAGAUUUCAACUCGAAUUCUGGUUCAGACCAAAGAGUAGUUAAUGGAGGUGUUCCCUGGCCAUCGCCUUGCCCAUCUCCUUCCUCUCGCCCACCUUCUCGCUACCAGUCAGGUCCCAACUCUCUUCCACCUCGGGCAGCCACCCCUACACGGCCGCCCUCCAGGCCCCCCUCGCGGCCAUCCAGACCCCCGUCUCACCCCUCUGCUCAUGGUUCUCCAGCUCCUGUCUCUACUAUGCCUAAACGCAUGUCUUCAGAAGGACCUCCCCGGAUGUCCCCAAAGGCCCAGCGACACCCUCGAAAUCACAGAGUUUCUGCCGGGAGGGGUCCCAUAUCCAGUGGCCUAGAAUUUGUAUCCCACAAUCCCCCAAGUGAAGCAGCUGCCCCUCCUGUGGCCAGGACCAGCCCGGCAGCAGGAACAUGGUCAUCAGUGGUCAGCGGGGUUCCCAGAAUGUCCCCUAAAACUCACAGACCACGGUCUCCCAGACAGAACAGCAUCGGAAAUAGUCCCAGUGGGCCAGUUCUUGCUUCUCCCCAGGCUGGUAUCAUUCCGACUGAAGCUAUUGCCAUGACUGUUCCAGGUGCUGCGUCUCCUGCACCUGCUAGUCCUGCAGCCAACAGAGCUGUGACCCCAUCUGUCGAGGCUAAAGAUUCCAGGCUUCAAGAUCAAAGGCAGAACUCUCCUGCAGGGAAUAAAGAAAAUAUUAAGCCCAAUGAAGCAUCACCUAGCUUCUCAAAAGCUGAAAAUAAAGGUUUGUCACCAAUCAUUUCUGAGCAUAGAAAACAGAUUGAUGAUUUAAAGAAAUUUAAGAAUGAUUUUAGGUUACAGCCAAGUUCUACUUCUGAGUCUAUGGAUCAGUUACUAAACAAAAAUAGAGAAGGAGAAAAAUCCAGAGAUCUGAUCAAAGACAAAAUGGAGCCAAGUGCUAAGGAUUCUUUCAUUGAAAACAGCAGCAGCAACUGCACCAGUGGCAGCAGCAAGCCGAAUAGCCCCAGUGUUUCCCCCUCAGUGCUGAGUACUGCAGAGCACAAGAGGGCACCUGAACUCACGUCCCAGGGAGUGCAGACUUCCAGUCCGGCGUGUAAGCAAGAGAAAGAGGAUAAAGAGGAGAAGACAGAUGCAGCUGAGCAAGUUAGGAAAUCAACAUUGAAUCCCAAUGCAAAGGAGUUCAACCCUCGUUCCUUUUCUCAGCCAAAGCCUUCUACCACCCCAACUUCUCCUCGGCCUCAAGCCCAGCCGAGCCCAUCCAUGCUGGGCCAUCAGCAGCCAACCCCAGUUUACACUCAGCCUGUUUGUUUUGCACCAAAUAUGAUGUAUCCAGUCCCUGUGAGCCCAGGCGUGCAACCUUUAUACCCAAUACCCAUGACGCCCAUGCCAGUGAAUCAAGCCAAGACAUAUAGAGCAGGUAAAGUACCAAAUAUGCCCCAGCAGCGGCAAGACCAGCACCCGCAGAGCACCAUGAUGCACCCAGCCUCGGCUGCGGGCCCGCCGAUUGUCGCCACCCCGCCAGCGUACUCCACGCAGUAUGUUGCCUACAGUCCUCAGCAGUUUCCGAAUCAGCCACUAGUUCAGCACGUGCCACACUAUCAGUCUCAGCCUCCUCAUGUCUACAGCCCUGUAAUACCGGGUGGUGCUAGAGUGGUGGCACCACCAACACACGCCCAGCCUGGCCUAGUGUCCUCCUCAGCAACUCAGUACGGGGCUCACGAGCAGACGCACGCCAUGUAUGCAUGUCCCAAAUUACCAUACAACAAGGAGACAAGCCCUUCUUUCUACUUUGCCAUUUCCACGGGCUCCCUUGCUCAGCAGUACGCACAUCCUAAUGCUACCCUGCACCCACAUACUCCACAUCCUCAGCCUUCAGCGACACCUACCGGACAGCAGCAGAGUCAGCAUGGUGGGAGUCAUCCUGCACCCAGUCCUGUUCAGCACCAUCAGCACCAGGCCGCCCAAGCUCUCCACCUGGCCAGUCCACAGCAGCAGUCAGCCAUCUACCACGCGGGGCUCGCUCCAACCCCCCCUUCCAUGACACCUGCCUCCAACACGCAGUCGCCACAGAGCGGUUUCCCAGCAGCACAGCAGACCGUCUUCACGAUCCACCCUUCUCACGUCCAGCCGGCGUAUACCAACCCAGCCCACAUGGCCCACGUACCUCAGUUCUGGUUCAAGGGCUCUCUAGAGAAAGACAAGACUGAGAUAUGCUCUGUGGCGGAGUCGCGUCUGCACCAGGAGGAGGCUGGCAGCGCCGCAGCUCCGCGCCCCCGCAUGUCCUAACUGAUGAAAGGCAGAAGAUUUAUACCAGAUAAAGCCCUAUGGAUUGCUGGUCUAAAAGUCAAGGCAGGUUAGUUGACUUAAUUCUUUGGUGCUGGUGACUGUUAGUUUGCCGAAGCUCAGUAGUAGACGACGGGAGUGAGGCUGCUGGGGGCUGUGCGGCGGCACUUGUGGUUGCGAGCAGAGCAGGCGGGAGGGGCCGUGAGGCUCGCUGUGCAGCUGUGCUUGGAGCCAGACUCUCCAAGGGCUGGCGUGGCCUCGGCACCCGCCAGCAGCAGUGGGGCGGGCCAUGCCUGCAGUGGGCCGCUCGCCUGCCCUGCGAAGGCUGCAUUUGGCCCAGGGACUGAGCCCACUCCUCCCGCCCCCACCCCCUCCAGCUGGACCUGACUCUAGCACGAAGAAAAGGCAUCAGCUUAGUGUCGCUUUGUCCCAGCGCCAGCAGGGGGAUUUUUUCAGAAGGUCCCCGAGCUGCCCUGCUUAAAACUUGGACAGCACACUCAGAAAAGCAGCAGUGUGGAGGCAGCUGACUUCCAGUUUCGUUAGCUUCUUUCUGGCUGCAAAGAUCCCUAAGUUUGCUGUACCUGGUGUGUGGGCACUGCCCAAGUCUGCUAAGAGAUGAGAGCUGUGGUUGGAUACCUCGCCGGCCCUUACCUGUGCAGCCAGGCACUGAUGGUCUGCAAUGAUCUUGGUUUCAUGGUGAAACCUGCUUUAUUGUAGAAGACAGGAUCCGUGAAAGUGAACUGCAAGUCUGGAUGAGUGUUAAACCUGUUUUAUGGUCCAUGACAACACCUGGGAAUAAUGGCUGCUUCCCCAGCUUCUAGAGCAUUUUUAGAAGCAAAAGGCUGAUCCUUCGGGCUAGAGAAGAGUAGGAGCACACCAAACCUGCCCCUUGAGAAAGCAGUUGGUAGUGUCAGCUGUGGGCCUGAUGCACCUGUACAUACCACACCACGAGGUGGUGCCAGAGCGAACUUUUGCCCCCUUGUUCCCCAGGCCGCCACGGGAAGGUGGGAAGGAGUCAGCCCCUCCCCCCCCAA